AUGCAAAAAUAUCAUAACAAACUCUUGGGAUAUAACGACUUUCACCAAGAGCUCAAAGAGCAAAACAUCUCUCCCAUCAUUAUGACUGGUAUAUUCAGGGGAUUCACGAAGGAUAUCGCAUCGCUUGUUCCUCAAUUUGGUCUCCUGGCAGGCGUACAGGAUGCUAGGUAUCCUGCUCUGGCAGAUGACCCCCGCCUGUUAUUCAAUGUCACUCCUCCAUCAAGCACGUUUAUUUGCGGGUCCCAAGGUUCCGGCAAAAGUCAUACGCUCUCAUGCAUGCUAGAGACCUGUCUAAUCUCAUCCAAAGCUGGAUAUUUGUCAAAUCCUUUGACGGGAUUGGUCUUCCACUACGACACCUUCAUUAGUGACCUCAUGGGAUCACCGUGUGAAGCUGCCUUCUUAUCGUCAAAUCCCGAUGUGGAAGUGCGUGUCUUAUGUGCACCAACAAAUCUCCAUGCUAUCAGAGGUGCCUACUCAAGACUCAAUGUCACAGUGUCUGCUCUAGAGAUAGAUCAAAGAGAUCUCAAUACCAAGCGAAUGCUAGACCUGAUGGCGGUCGGACAAGACGAUGGCCAAAUACCCUUGUAUAUGCACACGGUAAAGCGUAUACUUCGGGAGAUGCGGACUUUGCAGCAGAAAGCAAAAACAGCGUUUAGCUAUAGUGCUUUCAAGAAGAGGCUUCUGGAUUCGCCAUUGACCCCUGCUCAGCUCGAGCCACUGAAGCAAAGGCUGGACAUGCUCGAGAGCUUCAUGCCACGGACACAAACCAAGACUGAUAUUGGGAAGAAUCAUUCGGUCUCAGCAGGAACUAAUUGGAAGCCAAAGCCACGCCGUUUGACCAUUGUGGAUCUGUCCUGCCCAUGUAUCUCGCCAGACACAGCGUGCUCCCUGUUCAACAUUUGCCUGGGCAUAUUUCUCGAACAAGAUUCUCACAUCGGGAAGGUUGUUGCUCUCGAUGAAGCCCACAAGUAUAUGAACAGCUCUAUUGAAGCUCGCGGCUUCACCGAAACACUGUUAUCGGCAGUCCGGCUCCAGCGUCAUCUCGGCAUCCGUAUGAUUAUAUCCACACAGGAACCGACAAUCUCGACAGCACUCUUGAAUCUCUGUUCAACGACCAUUGUGCACCAUUUUACCUCGCCGGAAUGGCUACGGAUUCUUCAUAAACACCUAGCCGGAGCUAAAGAAGAUGUUGUCGAGAGGUUUCAAACAGCAGAAUCGAACAACUCGUCUACGGCUUCCAAUACGCAGCAAGGUUUAUUUGACAAGAUAGUGAGCCUGCGAGUUGGUGAGGCCAUGAUAUUCUCACCAAGUGCGAUCACCCGAGUAACGCGAGCUGAUGAGGAUGGUACGCUUUCCUUCGAGCGUCUUGGCAACGGCAACCUCAAGGUCAAAGUGAGGCAGCGACUCACGCUUGAUGGAGGGCUUAGCGUACUGUGCCGCUGA